AGAAUUGAAAGUUGGUCAGAUGGAAUACUCGCAAGAGCAACUUAACUACUUCAGACUCUGCUACAUAGCAUUUGAUUUGGUUCCAGCAGGACUGCGGCAGAUUUUCAAAAACGAAUGGGAUUUCCUCUAUAAAGCAACGUCGAUUGGAGAAUGGAAAGACACGGCACAAAAUGGUCUUGAUUUCUUCAACAAUGAAUCUAAAGCAAGUCACAAGAAAAACGCCCGGUGUCUGGCAACAAUCCACAAUGGUAACACGGCAAAGUGGGACUGCACCUGUUUGUUUUUUGCCAUCCUGUACUCAGACACUGUUGGCAGCACUUUAAGUCCAACUGUCCUUAAAUUGGUCGAUGAUGUUCGUCAGGUGCGAAACGCGAUCGCUCAUAUCACCGAGGCUAGGUUGACAGAUGCCGACUUCCAAACUUUUGUAGACAGAGUGUUGAAGGAUUUUACCUCCCUUGGUCUUUCUAUAACUGAGAUUCAAGAAAUAAAGAACCAGACGACCUUUCCAACAAACGAAGUGGAAAAAAUUAAGAAGCAAGUUCGUGAUCUCCAAGCCGAGUUAGAUCAGACAAAAAGCACUCUUCAAAGUACAGAAGCUGCCCUUGUUUCUACAAAAGAAGAAAACAAAUCUCUUACACAGGAAAUAAGUUCGAAACUUCAGUCAUUUUGCAUUCUCGCAUCGCGCCCACCACAUGUUAUCAUUAGGCGCUCGCAUGAUAUUGAAAGAAUCAUUAACAAAAUGGAGGAACUUUACAAGAGUUCCAGCGGAGCAGUCAGUACA